GAUGUCGUCGCCAAGCAAAGAUGAAGCUGAUGGCCGUCCCGUCUGUGCCGUCGACCGUUUUGGCUGUGGUUGAUGUGGCCUCCUUGUGACGCAACAUCCGCACGAGCUCCCAAACCCCACGUCGGCCCCAUCCCAUACAACCUCAACCCCGGCACUCAUCAUGGGGUACGAAGUACGCGCUGUUCUUGUGGGCGCGCUUGUAUUGGUUGCAUGGUAUCGCAAAUCGUUAACACCUGUCGGCAUUUUUGUAGCCUUCUUAACAGGAGUGGUGCAUGCCAUUCAUCCAUGGAUUACUUUCCUUGUCCUAUUGGCCGUCUUUUUCUUGUCUGGUAAUUUUGUGACCAAGGUCAAACACGAUGUCAAAGCUAACCUCACGCAAUCUGCAAAUGGCGCAUCUGGUGGAGAGGGACCGCGCAACCACGUUCAGGUCAUUGCGAACUCGGGCGUGGCUUCGGUGCUCAUCCUCAUGCACAUGUGGCAGCUGAAGAAGGAGGAGAGGCUCGAGCAAACUAUAUGUUGGCUCAAGGGUAGUGAUGUAUUAGUUGUUGGAAUUGUCGCCAACUACGCUGCGGUAGCCGCCGAUACUUUCUCCUCCGAGUUAGGCAUCCUCUCGAGAUCAACACCCUACCUUAUCACAGCUCCAUGGCGCAACGUACCGCGAGGAACCAAUGGCGGAGUGACUGGAACGGGGCUUUGUGCAGGCUUGAUUGGAGGCUCCAUUAUCGGGACCACUGCGUUCUUCACUAUUCCGUUCUGCAACAACUGGGCUCCUAUACAGCAGGCGAGAUUUGCUGCCAUGAUGGCAAUCGCUGGAUUGAGCGGCUCUCUCCUGGACUCGGUUUUCGGAGCCAUUUUCCAAGCUAGCGUUGUCGACGUUCAUUCUGGCAGGGUUGUAGAGGGAGAAGGAGGCAGGAAAGUCCUCGUACAUGGCGCCAACCCAUUGCAUCUCAAGAAGACGGCUGAAGCGCGCAGCAAAGUCAGCAGCCGCGCAGAAGGCAAGGCGGGUAUUGCUAAAACCAGCGGGGCAGACGUCGCGGACUCAAUCCAAGCGACUGAAACUAUGCAGAAGGCGGGGGCCAGCGGCACAGUAGUCGCCGAUGGUCAGCAUGAGAGCAGGAAGGUUGUGGCUGGUUAUGACUUGUUGGACAACAAUGCUGUCAACAUUCUGAUGGCGGCUUCGAUUAGUUCUCUCCGCUUCGUCCCCCCUAAAGCCCACCCCACGCAUGUCGGGCUCGAGACAUCCGCCCCCUCUGCCCCAGGCGUCCACGACACACUCCGUUCCCGCCUUGCACAUACGACUCCAGCAUCGACCAGCUCGUCGUCCACAAAGCCCGUCGAGCUCCAGUCAGCGCACCCGCUUGAGGCUCGUCUUGUCCAGUGGCGCGAUACUCAGGACCGCUUGAAGAUGGAGAUGCUGAGGCGACAGUUUGGUAUCGCGGAGCCGGUCCGCAGGGGCAUGGAGCUCAAGAUUGCGGCGGCGGGUGAGUGGCGUCCGGCUGCGUUGGGUGGAUCGAGUGGUGUGCACAAGGAUAUUCUGCAGGGUAGGGACUGUGAGAUCGGGUGGGAGGAUGUGUUUGUUGGCAACGAGCUUCGCGAGAUUCCAGACUUCCACACCGAGAUCGAGGGUAAGAUGAAGAUGAACUGGUAAAGAGUUGGCUAUGAAAGGAUGGUAUAUUGAGCCGGCGUGGAUAUGAGAGGACUGUGAGAGGACUGUAAAAGGCCUGCAAGCUCAAGAUAUCCCUCACUCCAGCACACAAAGCGUACAUCAGACUAGACAUGUCCCUUGAGGACAGACGGCGCUGGUUAGAACUCACGACCAAUGACGAUACGAUGAAUAACCAAGGCUUGCGGCAACCGCAACAGUUCAUGCUUGCAGAUAGUGAUCCUAUCUGUGCAGUGAUCGCCGACCCAGAUGCCUAAUAAUGUUCGUAACUAUAACGACAACCUAGCCGCUGCCAAGUGCACGAUAUACCAGUACGAAGACCAGCAACGCAUGAUCCGUGCUAUGUGCCACCAAUUGUAU